AUGUUAAACAUAACUAGAAACAAAAUCGUUGAAAACUUGAACAAUUCAAACUCUAUUAUUAUUAAAAGUAACUUUAUAAUGUCAGAGUUGAAAUUUUGCUCAAAGUGUAAACAAUGCAUCAAAGAAAGUCAUUACUUAUUAGCUGAUUGUCAAUACUGGCAUGAAGAUUGUCUACGUUGUGUAUGCUGUGAUGCUAGAUUAGCUGAAUUAGAUAAAAUUUUCUACAUUAAAGCUAGGAUGUCAUUAUGUCGAAGAGAUUAUCUAAGAUUGUAUGGUAAAACGGGUGAAUGUUCCAUCUGUCAGAAACAAGUACAAUCAUAUGAAUUUGUUAUGAAGAUAAAAAAUAGUGUUUAUCAUUUAUCUUGUUUUUGUUGUCAAUAUUGUCAAAUGAGGUUCUGCAUUGGAGAUCGUUUUUAUCUACAUGAAAACAUUAUUUUGUGUGAACAUGAUUACAUGGAAUUAUUUCCACACAUUUCUACACGUGAUAUUGAUCUGCCUCAUCCAGAAAAAAGAAAUAUUAUUUGUUAUAAAGCUACUGCUAACUCGUGUUUUUGUUCAAAUGAAAUACUUUCAAGACAAAAUUGCACUGACGUUGGAGAUGAUGAAGAUUAUGGUGAUGAAAAUAACCAAAAAUAUCAAAUGAAUCUCAACUAUUCACAAUGUAUUGCUUCAUAUAUUCAACUAUUUACAAAGUGUAAAACACGCAUUACUGCUGAACAAAGUUCUUGUGACAAUAAAUUAAUUAGGAAUACAGAUAAUAGAUUAUGUUCUUUAUUCAAUCCAUUUGAUUUAAACCUUCAUGAUUCCACAACAAUAUCAGAUGACCGUUCAAGUGGUUAUGGUUCACCCAGUUCACCGGGAAAUAGCUUCCAUGAUAAGAUUUGAAUUUCAAUGAGAGAUAUUCUAAUAGUAUUCAGUCUUCUAAUAGACCGAUAUGUUGACAGUUGUUGAACAUUUACUUGGGAUAUGUUUAAACAAAUCAAAAUUUUCAGAAAAUAAAUGAAAAUAUGGAAGCGUUUAUGAUUCUUUAGAUAUAACUAAUUAAACAAAAAAAGCAAAUGGAUAUUAAAACAAUUUCUUUUUAAACUACCAUAUUAGAGAACUAAAUGAUCUAAAGAAGAACAGAUCGUAUUAUCA